AUGGAUAUAAAAACUACGCCACCACCCACACUAAUGAACUCGCGGUCCACUGCGUCGCCGCCUGCCAACAACAGCGCCACUUCGCCAGCACCCGCCUCUCCCGCCGCUGCUGUGACCACGUCAACGGCCGCCGGCGCCAUGAGCAGCAUUGCAGCGCUCGGCAGCAUUUCUAACGUGCAGAAACAGACGUUUCAAAACAUUUUUGAAAAACUGGUUUCUAGCAAUGGCGACGGUGGCAAAUUUCCGCCCAAGCAACUCGAGAAUUUUCGUCAUUUGCUGGAGAAUGUGCGCGAUUCGAAGAACUUGCAACUGAUUGUGGAGAAAUUUAAGAAUUUGGAGCAGUUCGAACAGAACUUUUUAAGCGGCGCCAAUAAUAACUCGGUCAUUGCAGAAGACGCUGACAUCGCUUUGAAGGACACCUCCCGGAAAUUUGGCACAAGCGGUCAAGCUCUGACGCCACGCCACACCAUUGACGCCAUACUGGGGCUUAAGAAUCGCAGCGAAUGCGGGGAAGCUAAUGAUGACGCCACCGAUUUACGCUGCAACAUGUCGCUGGCGCAUCUGCGCACUAUGGACAAUCACAUGGCCUCAAUGCUGCAACAGUCCACACACAAUAAACAUGGCACAUUCCCCAACAUGCAGUCGCCUCCCGCGCACCACCAUCAACAUGCUGCCGCCUUGCAUUUAGGCACACCGCCACCGCCACAACUGCACACCGGCCCACAUCACCCGCACCACCAACCGCUCAACUAUCACAAUGCAAUGAUGAGCUUUCCGCAUCAAAACAUUAACAACGCCGCUGGUGGCGCCAACAGUCAUUUAAACUAUCCACCACACGAGGCCGGCAGCACCGACUCGGGCAGCACACGCACCAGUCCGUCCAUGAGCAGCGGUGAUUAUCUCAAUUCGAUGCAUCAAAUGGUCGAAGCGAGCCACUUACAAGCGGCACUGCAUCACCAUCAUCACCCCUCGCACCCGCAUCAUAACUCACCGAACGCCGGCCCACCGCCUCCGCCGCCGCCGCCAUCACAUUACAGUCAUCAACAGCAUUUGGCCGCUUUGGCAGCACAUGCCCAAGCACAAGCGCAGGCACACGCGCAACAGGAGCAAAAAUUCGAAAAAUUCGCCAAAUCAUCAUCGUCGGAACCGACAUUGGCUAAUCAGUCGAGCACCGCCGCCGCUUCGUAUUUCAGUCUCGCCAAUGGCUCCAGUGCCCUUUGCGGUGGCAGCGCUGGCGCUGUGACAGUCGGCGGCAACGCACUCACCAGCAAUCAUCACAAUCUGCUCGAUUACGAUGAGCGUUCAAUGUCUUCGCUCUCGGCCAGUGGUGAGAUCGACGCAGGCGAUGAGGACGACAUGAAGGACGGACAGGGCGACAUGUCGGGCACUAUUGAUGUUACAUCGCCGCAGUCGCCCGCUGCUCUAUCAGCUUCGCCCUCGUCGAAUUAUAACAAUGUCGGUGCGUCGGCUGCUUCACUGCAAUUUGGGGGAUUAAAACGCAAAUCCUCCGUUUCUUACUGUGAUGACUUGGAUGGCGGCGAGGCGAAUGAGUCGAAAUUAGCCAACGGAAAUGCUUUAGAAAAUUAUGCAAUGAAGAGUUUCGAGGGCAUACGUGCGCGCACUUUCGAAGAGGUGCAGCAGCAGUCAUUAAAUGGCAAUUGCAAUGCAAUGGAACAGCAACACCAACAACAACAACAGCAGCAGCAACAACUACAACAGCAACAGUUUCAGCAGCGUCACAUGGACGAUUAUCGUUUGAUUGGCGGUAGCGGGUCCGGCGGCGAUGGUCCGGAUCGGCUGAAUGACGCCGACAGCGUGGUGAAUGGUAGCUGUGCAUCCAGCGAAGACUUGAAUCAGACUAACUCCAGCGAGCAAGGCGAAAAGAUAACUUCCGGCAGCGACGAUGAAGCUCAAGAUGACAAUUGUUCCAAGAAGAAACACCGUCGCAAUCGCACAACAUUCACAACAUAUCAACUCCACGAACUGGAACGAGCUUUUGAGAAGUCACACUAUCCGGAUGUGUACUCACGCGAGGAAUUAGCUAUGAAAGUCAAUUUGCCCGAAGUCAGAGUGCAGGUGUGGUUCCAGAAUCGUCGCGCUAAAUGGCGUCGUCAAGAGAAAUCGGAGAGCUUGCGCUUGGGUCUCACGCACUUCACUCAACUGCCCCAUCGUUUAGGCUGUGGCGCCGGCGGUCUGCCAGUGGAYCCGUGGUUAUCACCGCCACUUCUCUCGGCACUGCCAGGUUUCCUUUCACACCCGCAGACCGUCUAUCCCAGCUAUUUGACGCCCCCACUUAGUCUGGCUCCAUCCAAUCUGACCAUGAGCAGUCUGGCUGCCAUGGGUCAUGCACCACAUGGCCCCGUUAUGCAUCCUGCCCACCCACCACCACCCACCGGGCAUCCAGGCGCCCCACCACCACCACCGCCACCAUCAGCACUAGGCGGCGCUCCUCACCCCGGUCAUCAUGUACAAUUGUCACAUUUAUCACCACAUUUGUCCCGCAUGUCACCACAGAGUUUGGCCACAAUGCCACCACAGCUGAGUUCAUCAACUGCCACGUCAGUUACGUCAUCAUCGUCCGCGUCGAUGUCAUCRGCGUCGGCGACAGCAGCGGCCAUCGCGAAUGCAAAUGCACCCACCGCCAUCCCCCCGAAUGCAGUCGGCAUGCGGACAGCACUUUCGCCAUUGGCAAGUAGCAUGUCCGGUGGACUACCACCGCCACUGUCAUCAAUGCCGACCGCAUCGUCAGCCACCGCGCUCAACUCACCAUCACAACGCGCGACUCAACCGACAGCUUUGGAGCAGUCACCACAAAAUCUCACCACAAGUACCGACGCGAACGAASCAAUGCACGGCGGCGGCGGCGGCAAUGGCAGCGGUGGCCACGGUAAAACCCAUGCUGCCGGCAUGGAAUUGCUCGACGUGGGGCGCGACAGCCCACCGCCAGGCCAUGCACUCAACAACAACACCACAACCAAUCCCAUCAGUCGGCAGUCGCCGAUUUCGGCAAAUCAACCGCAGACGGCGGAUAUACGCUCCAAUUCCAUAGCGACGCUGCGCAUCAAGGCAAAAGAACACUUGGAAAGCCUCAACAAAGGCCUGGCCAUGGUCUAAGCAUUCCCCGCCCCACCAUCGCUGACACACACACACACAUUUAUCUGCGGUGGAGUCAURGAAGACCAGGCAYCAACUCGCUUUCUAUUUUGAAUUGUAUUUAUAAUUGAUUUGAUGUAUUGCAGCGAUUAGUGAUUUUAAUUAGUAAAUAAUUGUCGUAUUUUAAUAGGGAUCGAAUGUAAGCAAAACCAACACAAACACAAAUACAAAUAAACACAUACACGCACACUGGCAAAUGGAAAAUGUGUAUGAGUAGCCUCUAGAUAAAUUGUAUGAUAGAAUUCUAUCUAUUAGCAUGCCUCUGUGCUAUUGUAUCAUCAUCACAUAGAUACAUACAUACAUAUAUAUUAUAUUACGAUUAAGUACAUACAAAUUUAAUGCUCGAAUCAAAAUACUCAAUUAAUAUAUCGCUAUCCGUUUAGUUUUAGCUCCUACAGCAUAAUAAAAAUUARUUUUAGAAGAGCGGCGGAGAGAAACUCGCAACUUUUGUAAAUACUAAAAGACCUUAGUGAGUUAAGUAUGGAUUUUAGCAGUGUCUACAAAAUGUAGGCACCAAUGUAUGUACGUAUGUAGUUACCACGAAAGCACACUCCACUUACUUAACUAUGUAAAG